AUGCACUGGACAAGAGGGCGCGGGCGACACGUGCCCCUGGCACUGGUGCUGUUCGUGGUUCUUUUUUGUGGCCUCUUACUGUCUAUGUUUCCAGAUGACGACCAGGGAGAAUUGCGCACGCCAGUACAUUCUGGAAGUUCGGCAGAGGGCGGCCCUGCAAGGCUCAGUGCUUCAGCAGUGAUGGACCUUGUUAUCGUAGGUUUCAGAGAAAAUCUGUCGUGGAUUGAGGGCGUGGUCGCGAAUAUCACUCCACCACCUCGGGUCAAGCUGAUCUGCAAAGGCGAGCUAAUUAAUGACCAACGCUGCCAGCGCAUAGAGAACAGGGGGACGGAAGAGUUUGGCUUCCUUUCGCACAUCAUAGAAAACUACGAGAAGCUUGCUCCUAUCACGAUGUUCAUGGGCGCGAACCCGCUGAACACAGCUUUUGAUUGCAUUGCCUGGCGGAGCCUGCAUUACGUUCUCGCACAGGUGGACACCGUCCAAAAGCGUAUGGCAUUCCCUGGUUUCGUGGCCUUGCGCGUCUCAGGGUUUGACCCCGAUUUCGACGUGUGGCACUACCACGCUCAUGCGGAUGGGGAAACGUCCAAGUUGUGCCGACCAAGUGUGAGCCCGUUCGGGGAGUGGUACCAGAGGGUGGUCGAGAGGAACCUCUCCAAGGCCGCAUGCGCAGGACAGUCCAGCUCGGGCAUCUUCGCAGUGAGCGCAGGCCAGAUACGCCGCUACGGCGUCGCACACUACGAGCGCCUCCGAGAGGAGGUGCUCAGGUGCCCCGGCAACGCCUUCACUGCCGGCCACUACAUCGAGCGCUCCUGGAUGCCCAUGUUUGGGCCGUGCCUGCCGGCUGGGCGCGCCGGCCGGGGAGGCGCACUGGCCGAGGCGCUGCUCCGCGCGGACUGCGGGCUCUUCCCGUCGGUCUUCCCGCCCGGCUCCGGCGAGUGA